GAAAUUUUGGGAAACGCACACUACGCAAAAAGCAUUUCAUCACUUUUGUCUUCGUGUCUGAGAAAAAGGCAUUUAGCGUAGAAACUUUUUUAAUUUAUUUUGCUUUGGCGUCGCUAACCUACGAAACCUGUGCUUGUACUGGUAGCCUAGCUGUCUUUUUAACAGCCGCUUUGAUAAUCGCCGGUUACCGUUGUCUCUUCCGAUCGGAGCUAGAUUUUGUGGAUUUUCUUUCGAGUUCUAGUUUUUUUUUGAAGUAAUACUCGAUGGAGGAGUGGCCUUUCCACGACGGCAGCAUAUAUAAUCUACUCGACGGCAGGCCCAUCGACAUCCGCCAGAACUGCCGCGAUGUUGAUCAUAGUUUGCAGACGCAUUCCUCUCUGAUUCGGAGGCUUGCAUUGGAACAAGAAUUGGAGGGACAUCAGGGUUGUGUAAAUACUGUAGCUUGGAACUCAAAUGGUUCACUUUUGAUUUCUGGUUCUGAUGAUGCACAGAUUCAUAUUUGGGGUUACUCUAGUCGGAAACUUUUGCAUUCUAUAGAGACAGGACAUUCUGCUAACAUAUUCUGUACAAAAUUCAUUCCUGAAGCUUUUGAUGAGCUUGUGGCCUCUGGUGCUGGUGAUGCGGAGGUUCGAUUAUUUAAUUUAUCUCGCUUGAAUGGGAGAGAGCUCAAUGAUGGUGCUGCUACUCCAUCAGCACUCUAUCAGUGUCACACAAGAAGAGUUAAAAAAGUAGCGGUUGAAGUUGGGAACCCGAAUGUGGUUUGGAGUGCAAGUGAAGAUGGAACUCUCAGACAACAUGAUUUUAGGGAGGGCACUUCUUGUCCUCCGGCAGGUUCUUCUCACCAAGAGUGUCGCAAUGUUCUUCUUGACUUGCGUUGUGGGGCAAAGAGGUCACUAGCUGAUCCUCCUAAACAUACUCUAGCCUUAAAAUCUUGUGAUAUCAGUUCUACUAGACCUCACUUGCUCCUCGUUGGUGGGAGUGAUGCAUUUGCUCGUCUAUAUGAUAGAAGGAUGCUGCCCCCACUGUCCUCCUGCCGCAAAAGGAUGCCACCAUCUACUUGCGUUAAUUAUUUCUGCCCAAUGCAUCUUUCUGACUGUGGACCUUCAAGUUUGCACUUAACUCACGUAACAUUUAGCCCUAAGGGAGAAGAGGUUCUGCUCAGCUAUAGUGGGGAGCAUGUAUAUCUAAUGGACAUAAAUCAUGAUAGUGGGAGUCCAAUGCAAUAUACAUCGGGAGAUGCUUCAAAAUUGAUGACCUUUACUCCUGUACCAAAUAGACUAGAGAACCAAUCAUUUGUUUCUAGUUCCUUUGAAAAUGGACUCCAGAGAAGAAGCAACAAUGCUGCAAGAGUUAAAAAAUGCAGGAUCUUGGUUGACAUUGCUAAAAGAUCCUUAGAGGAGUGGACAAAUAUUUUCCAUGCUAUUGAGGCAUGCAAUGAAGUCUUGGAUGGAAAUAGUGGGGAUAUUGGUCUCUCGCUGAGGCAUGAAUGUUUUUGUACUCGUGCUGCCUUGUUGUUGCAGCGAAAGUGGAAAAAUGAUGCCCAUAUGGCCAUUAGGGAUUGCCAUGAAGCUCGAAGUAUAGACAAUUCUUCCUUUAGAGCUCAUUACUGCAUGGCUGAGGCUUUAGAACAGUUGGGAAAACAUAAAGAAGCUUUAAACGUUGCUGUGGCGGCACAAUGCUUAUCUCCAUCUAAUGCUACGGCGGCCGAGAAAGUGGAGAACCUAAAGAAACAUCUUGCAGUUGCUAAAGCUGGAAAAAAUAACAAGGCUAGUGAUGUGGCACCUAAGUCUAAACCUCGGACUGGAAGGAGAUUGUCUUUAAGUGACAUACUCUAUCGCUCAGAAGCUAACAGUGAUGCUUCACAAGAUGGACCAAGAUCUGAUAGAGAAGAUUCUGAUUAUGAUGAAGAGCUGGAAUUAGAUUUUGAAACCUCAAUAUCAGGUGAUGAAGGACGAGAUGUUGAGUCCAACAUGAUACAUGGAAGUUUAAAUCUUAGAAUUCAUCGAAGAGGUGAUUCAACGAAGGAAACUGGUCCAAACGGUUCCUCUGGAUCUCCAUCCUUGUCAUCACAAAAUGGGAGAGCAGCUUAUCAGCCUGAGGCAGUUACUGAUAUGAAGAAGAGAUUUGUUGGCCAUUGCAACGUUGGAACUGACAUCAAACAAGCCAGUUUCCUUGGUCAGAGAGGUGAAUAUGUUGCUAGUGGGAGUGACGAUGGGAGGUGGUUUAUUUGGGAGAAACGAACUGGUAGAUUGAUAAAAGUGCUUAUUGGAGACGGUUCUGUUGUAAAUUGUGUUCAGUGCCAUCCAUUUGAUUGCUCUGUUGUGACCAGUGGGAUUGAUAACACCAUAAAGCUUUGGAGUCCAAUUGCUGCUGUUCCAUCAAUGGUUGCUGGGGGGUCAGCAGGGCCAGAAACUUCUAAUGUGUUAGAGGCCAUGGAAAGUAAUCAACGCAAAUUGUGUCUCAAUCGUGAGGCUAUCCUGCCCUUCGAACUUUUGGAGCGGUUACGUAUGCAUGAAUUUACUGAAGGAUCCUUGCAUCCGUUUGAGUGUGCCCAGAGCUAGUUUGCUUAAUAACUCUUACAAAAAGAAUGCAGAUAGAAGGGGCCUCGUUAAUACAACCCUAUCGAUGCAAUCAGUAUCUGUAGCAUCCCUGCCUACAAAAUCCAAACCUAUGCCAAGCAGGAAACUAAGAAAUAAGUCAUAACCAUAUACAAUCUGGGAACGUCAACCAAUACCCCUUUUAGCAAGGGAACCGGCACCAAUAUUAGCCACCCUAGAAAUGUGUCGGAUAGUGAUAUCCCAGGAGGAUCUGAACCAGAGUAGCAAACAACGGAGGGCUCGUCCCAGGACAGCGAACCCAAUCCGCCACAACUUUGUUGUCACUCUCCACAAUAAUUGUUGUGUGAUUUAAGUGCUUCACAAAUGGUGCAAGUGUACACGUCACAAAUUAUAGUAUAGGAAAGAUAUCGUCUUCACAGGGAUUUGUGUAACUCUGUAUUCUAACUUUUUGCUCUAUAAAAAGAAAUAAAUUGGUAAUAGUAUGAGUGUAAAUAAACAAAUAAAAUAAAUGGGCAAGUAAAUAAAAC